GUAAAGAAAGAAAUUUUGAGAAACGUUUCGAGAGUGUUCGUCCCUGAGGUUACGAUGCCGGGGGAAGUGGGAAAACCCUAGCUCGCUGCUAAAACCCUCCCCAUCGCCAAAGAGCUCUCAUCUCAUCAUCAGUUCGAGGAAUUCUUAGAGAGAGAGAGGGAGAGAGAGAGAGAGAGAUUGAGGAGAAGCAAUGGUGUGGUUUCAGUGCGAGGACUGCGGAGAGAACCUCAAGAAGCCUAAGCUUCCCAAUCACUUCCGCAUUUGCUCUGCAUCCAGGCUCUCGUGCAUCGAUUGUGGAGAAACUUUCGGCCAGCAAAGCGUCCAGGGCCACACCCAAUGCAUCACCGAAGCGGAAAAGUACGGUCCAAAGGGCCAAGGGAAAGCUUUGAAUGGCACACCUGGUAAACAGAUCAACAAGGAUUCUAAGCAGCAACAGCCUGAUUUCGACAUUAAAGUCGGCCUAUCCAAACGGCCUCCGUGGUUUUGUAGUCUUUGCAACACCAAGGCAACAAGUGAGCAGACCUUGCUUCUCCAUGCUGAUGGGAAGAAGCACAGAGCUAAAGCACGGGCUUUCCAUGCUUCGAAGCGGCAACCACAGCAGAAGGAAGAGUCCACUCCUCAAACAACUGCUCGUAGUGAGAACCCUUUACCUGCUAAUGGUACAAUAGUGGAGGAACCAAAAGUGCCUCAUUCUUCUGAAACUGGUAGAAUUUCACCUGACAAGUUAGAAAAGGAUAACAGAAUUUCUCCAGAAAAGAGAAAGAGAAAACGUGAUGACUCUCAAAAUGGAGAAGUGAUCCAGGCUGAUGGGUCAAAUGUGAAAGGAAGGAAAAUAAAGUGGAAGAAGCUGAUCGAGUCAGCCUUGAAAUCGAAUCCAGAUAAACCUAUGAAGAUUAAAAAAUUGAAGAAACUUCUGUUUGGAGCAGCAAAAGAGAUGGGGAAAGAGCAUGAUGAGAACACACUUAGUGAAACACUCCAACAGAAGCUCAACUCAAGCUCAAGAUUUAUAGUCGAAGGCAAAUAUGUCCGUCUCGUUCAAAAAGACUGGAAGAGCUGAGGAAAUUGCAUAUGAGCAUCCUAAUGGUUUGUCUCAACCACAAAUUUUUGCAGGCAUAUUGUCAGCGAUUGUUCCAGGACUAAAUCAGACUAAAAAAUAUUCUUUGAGGGAAUAUCGACUAUAUUUAGCUGAAAUGUACGAAUCUUCAAAGUGUUUGGAAACAUUGGUUAGCGUCUCUUAAUGAUUGAAGGCAAAAUUUUGCAGAUGUCA